GGGGUGCGCGCGGGGCGGCCGCUGCCCGGCGGUCCGGGCAUGGAGCGGCUGCGGGCGGACGCGGCGGCCGUGGAGGAGUACGCGGAGUACCGGCGAAUUGUAGGUGAUGACGAUGGAGGAAAGCCUUUUACCCCUGAGGAAUACGAGGCGUACAAAAGAAAGGUGCUACCCAUCCGGCUGCAGAACCGGCUGUACGUCAGCUGGAGAUCCCCCACGGGCAUGGACUGCAAGCUGGUGGGACCAGAGACGCUGUGCUUCUGUACUCACCGGUAUAAACAACACAAAACAGACUACGAAGUGAUUCCCAAAGAGCGUCCCAUCUGCGUGCCGUGCAGAGUGAGCCACUGUCCGUGCCAGUCCUACCACUACGUUCCUCUCAAUGGCACGCAGCCCAUCCGCUGUAGGUGCAAACACUUUGCUGAUCAACACAGUGCAGCUCCUGGAUUUUCCUGCAAGUCGUGUUCCACGUGUUCAGGAUUUCACAGUUGCUUUACCUGUGGGUGUGGUCAGCCAACAUAUGCACAUGAAACAGUAGUGGAAACUAAAGAAGAGCGGUUAGCCCAGGGAAGGCCAGUGGGGCAGGACGUUCCCUAUGCUGCUAUGGGAGGACUGACCGGUUUCAGUUCACUGGCAGAAGGCUACAUGAGACUUGAUGACAGCGGAAUAGGGACUCCUUCUGCUGAGCUGUUAGAAUCCCCUGUAACCAGCAUGGAUCAUCCAUUUCUAAAGGCAUUUCAGGGACCUUCUAGCUCUGCUCACACCACAUCACAGAUAGCAGGUGGUUCUGGUGCCACAGCACCGGUUCCUCAUGGGAGGCGUUCAGAAGAAGAUGACAUGGCUUAUUUUGAAAAACGUUAUCAGGAGAGGAUCAUACCGUGCUCUAAGAGCUUACUCUGUGAAAAAACCUGCGGAGAGGAGGAGAUGACCUUGUGCUCAGCGAGGAGAUGUGGAGAUGCAGCUGAAAAAGGAGAAGGCUGCUAAAAGAAGAGAGAAAAGUCCAGUGCCAUCAAAGAAGCCAUGAGAUGAAUGAAUAAAUAUUAACUACAUGGUUAAUGAUUUAUUACUUGUUGAUUACAUGUUAAUUACAUAUUAGUUGUUUAUUGAAGAAUAUUUUGCCACUGUACCUAUUUGUUUACUUCUUUCUUCCCUUCUUUAUUUGGUUCUGUUCUUUUACUGAAAUUAAUUUUUAAUUAUCUUGUAAUAAAUUUGGUCCUUUAAGCCAAGUGUUUCUCGUAUCAGGAAUUGUUAUAUAAGUACCCUUUUGAGAAUGAAAAAUCAUAUUUAGAGAUUUACAGAACUGUUCUUGAAGGUCUAAGAGAAUGAGCAUGUUUUAAAGUAUUACAUUGCAGCAGGGCAAAGGAAGUAUUGUACAUCCCAUUCUUAGACUUUUAUGGUGCACUUUAUUUGUAGAAUUGCUAGGACUCGUCUUGUUCAUGGAUUUGUACUCAGUAGUGUUUACAUUUUAAUCUUUAAGUUGUUCAUUUUUCUUUCCGUUGGUUUCAUCUCCGUUGCAUAAAAUUCAGACGUACCUUUUGUCUCUCACACUUCUCUAGGCUCUGUUCUUCCAGUGUAUAUUUGUUACGUGUGAAGUUCCAUGUGCUCACAACCCCAUUUCCACCCAUUCUUACUGGCCAGCUGAAGGGAUCCCGCUGUCUGCAUAACAGUGACUGUUAGACUGAACUUUCUGACAACAUUAGGGUGGAAAUGGAUACGCUACUUAUUGCACACAGAUAAUUAUAUAUCGCUUGAUAUAAAGUUCUUUAUCCAAGGGGUUCUCUUGCAUCAUGUCUAAUGCAAGAGUCCCUUGAGAUGGGAGAUGUCCAUUUGUUUUGUUUGUGCACAGCUGUGGCAGCAUAUAUGGUACUAAAGGUUGUGGCCAUUUGUGUGAAAACUUAAAAUUUGGUAACGCUGUGUGGUGCUUUAGGUCUGUUAAGUAGCACAAUGCUGAAUGCCUGGCUGAGGCUGCAGGAUGGUUGGAAUUAGGAGGCAAAAACAGUGCCUGAGUUAACUUUGUAGGCUUGCCUAAAAACAGAUGGAAGGCUGUUUGGCUUUAAGAGUUCUUGAACAUGGCUCUUGGACUGAAGGUUUUCAGGUGGUAUGUGUCUGCUGAGACUUUAUAGCAAGAGCUGGGAGAAGCUUUAAAAGCUUUGAUUCUCAUCAGAGUGCUCAAUCCACUGUGGUGCCUGUAUGUGCCAUACUGGCAGAGGAAAUCAGGUGAGGUGGGAUGCAUUUGGGCAAGUUGCUCUUUUCUUCAAAUAGCAGCUGUGCAAAAAGAAGGAAGGCUCUUGGGAGUGCAUGUGAGUCAUACAGUGACUGAUGGAGGUGGCUGGAUCUGAGUGCUAAGAGAAUAAAGGCUUGAUUGCCCAAAUUCAAGCAGGAGCAGUGACUGUUCACCUUUACUUAUCUGUGCUCUGUGUUGCUGUUACCGGUGACACUAAUCAGAGAAGUUAACGUAUUACCUUAGUUCAAAUGCCUAAUAUAUCAAAGUGUAUACCGAAUGUUUAAAACAUAUCUUUAAAUUCUACUCUGUUACAUAUGGUUUUUAUCUUAAUAAAUAAAAAUACUGAUUUGA